AUGCCGCUCUCCAUCGUCGUCCCGGAAAACGCCCGCUUUUUUGACGACCACGCCGUGCAGGAGGCCGGCCAGGGCGGCGCCGCGCCACGUGACCGGCGCGCGGACGCCUUGUGCUGGAGCAUUUCCAAAUGUCCACGGCGGUCGCUCCUCUUCUACGAGGAAACCUUCACCGGCUUUGUGGUGCACACGGCCCCCUUGGGAAGCGCGGUGCCGGAUUCCGUGUUUGUGACCCUGGCUGCCACAUACGACGUGUACAUAGAUGGCGCCCCGCCGCGCGGGCUGGCGCCGCCGCUGAUCACCAUCCAGCCGAGCGCCAGUGCUGCUGGAGUCGACGGCACCGCCACAAAAAGCAACCGCACGGAGGCCGCGGCGGACCUCGUGUGGCGGGGCGCAUCCAGCGCCAUGCACGGCGCGCGCGCCCUCGUGUCCAUCUGGAAAUUCUCCGCGUCCGCCGGGUGUCCGCGGCGGGAAACAAACGGGCGCUCGGGCGGCGGCCCGGGCCGGGUUUCGCGGCCGCCCGGGGCUCCGGAAGUCCCCGGGGUGGGCCUGGAAAACCUCCUAGCAGAGCUCAACCACGGCGUGCUUGGCGAUAACGCCUGUCCAUACGCGCUCUACUACAAGCGCGGCGGGCGGCCGGGCGGCGCGGCUGCUGAAACACCGAAACCCCGGGGCCCGGGGCCCGUCGAUGGACCGGUCGAUGGGCCGCUGGAGGGUCCUUGCUUGGAGGACGAAAGCGCCUCGCUUGUGGUGGCCACUUCGGCGCCGCUCCAGUUGAAGCUCCGCACCACCAAGCCCGGCAGCCGCAGCGACCUUCUCCUCACCACGUUGCGCGUGGAGGCCGCGGCCCUGUUGGUCCAUAGUGCCCCGGCCCGGCCCGAAGAGAGAUACGCCCUCCGGAUCUUGGGGCUCCAGGCCGGCUUCAAGGGCGGCCAGCUCACUCAGCUAGGCGACGUGCCGCUCCCGCACCGGUGCGCCCUCCUGGACGUGCUCAGCGUGACAUACAGGCUAGUGAACAGCGACAUCUGCCCGGGCCCCGCCGCCGCCAGGCUCAUCGACAUCCGGGUCCGUGCGUGUGUCGACAAGCACAGCGUGCUCCCCGGAGGCGCCGCGCAGGACGGCUGGGUGCAAGUCACGCGCGAGAUCCUGACCACGUGGACGCCGAUCCUCGACUUCGACCGCGGGCCGCAGAGCCCGGCGGCGCUUGCAAAGACACACGCGCCGCAGGGCCGCGGCCAGCUGCAGUUCCGCUCCAAAAGCACGCACUUGAAGCCCCUGCCCCCGCCCGGCACCUUCCCCCAGAGACCCGCUGCCUUCGGCCGGAAUGCAGGCGCCAUGGCGUCGCCCAUCGCAUCGCCAGGCGCCGCCUCCAUGUACUCGUUGUACUCGCCGAGGCCGGGCUGGCCCGACAGCAUGCCGCCCGAGCCGCUGCGCCCCGCGACGCCCAGCCUUUCGUCGCCCUUGUUGCCCAUGCCACGUGGGGCGGCCUCGCGCAUGAAAACCUCAAGGAGCGCCUUCGCGGCGGCAGGCGGCAGGCCGGGCUUCACGCUCAACUUAGGCCCCGAGGCCCCACCUGCGUUGGCCGGGCUUAGGUUGUCUUUCUCCGGCAGCCCCAGAAUCGACUUGGGCCACACCGUCACGUGGAAAGCCCAGGCCGUAAACCAGACCAGCCACGUGUUGAAGUUGGCGCUCGUGACGUCCCCGGCGAGACGGAAGGCCCCUCUGGGCCUGGCUGUGGGUUUCUACAGUAGCGCCACACGGAGCUCCUCGCAUCAUUCGCUUCUGGGGCCCGACGACAGGAGACCGGCCAACGGCCUGGCCAUACACAGCAGGCUGUUGUUGUAUGAGCAGUACGUCCUGGGCAAACCCGGCAAGGCUGGCGUAGUGCUUCUAUCGAACGACGUUGCGCUUGGGGUUCUCGAACCCAACCAGGUCUUCGAGUCGGAAUUCCUGUUUGUGAGUUUUACCAAGGGCGUUCACAACCUCUCUGGUCUACUAGUAGCGGAGUCCACCACGGGCGAGGCCAUCGAUAUCGUGACAGAAAGUACGGAGUCCACCACGGGCGAGACCAUCGAUCUCGGUGGGUUCUUGGAGACAACAAAAGCAAAUACAAAAAUUCUAAAAAAGAUCGGGGCAUACUGGGAAUUGAACCCAGGGCCUCUCGCAUAUUUGUGUGAACGAUGGCUCGUCCUCACCCAAAGCGAGAAUCAUACCACUAGACCACACGCCCGUAUCUGA